UGCAGCUUCUUUGGCGUCCUCUUCAUAAUGGAUCUACCAUUUGCAGUGGUCAAAUUUCCACCUGGUGAGGAUGAGGACACAUAUUUUGAAGUGUGCCUGACGUCCUGGAUUGUUGGCUCUCUCAAUGAUGAUAUGGAAGGGGAAACCUAUUGGCCCCCAGACACUGCUAGUGUUUCCAAUUUAAUUAAGAUGCAGCAUAAACCAGACACAAACUGGAAAAAGUUCCGCAUCAUUGUCAUGAGGUUUUAUGAAACCUACGCUCAAGCAAGAUCAGCUGUUUCAAAGUUUGUAGUUGAUUCAAACUAUGAAACGGAUCAAGAAGCCACCAGAGGCCGUGGCAAAAGAGUUCGUUACAGGCCCUUGUUUCUUGUGUCAUCUGACAGUGAAGAGGAGGUUGUGGUCAGGAAGAGGGUCAAGUCCAUCCCAUCACCCCCACCUGUAGCUAACAAAGCAGCAAAGCCUCGUAACUCUGCCCAAGGUGGUAAGAAAGUAGUCAAGGGUCGUCCAGAAUCUGCGAAAGAUGUCAAACGCAAGGAGGCCUUAGAGUUGAUGCAACGGAUCAGAGCUGCGAAGGAAGCUCCCGCUGCAAAGAUGGGGAGUAACUCUUCAUCGAAAUUGAAUUCUCCAUGGAAAGUCACAGACACUCCUCAGAAGAACGAAAGUCCCAAGGAUUUGUCUGCUCUUGAUUCCCCUGACCCUUUGGAUGUGGUUGAAGUGCAAAUGGGCACCCCUACCUCUGUCAGUCCUAAGACACCUGUUGUGACUCCUUCAUCAAACAAUGUUACUCCAGCUGAAACUGAACUAACGCGCCUGAAGUCGUUCUAUUACACUCCCCCUCACAAGAAGUGGGAGGAGGCUGACAAAGCAACAACCAGCUCGGAUCCUAGCUGCAGGGUCCUCUUUGAAUCAGAAGAUAAUGAAGUGUCUGUUUUAUCAGAUAAGUCAGCUUCCACGGGUCAGCACUCAAAGGCUGUUGCAACUACUUCAGCUUCGGGACGUCAGCCAUCUAAGGCUGUAACUGGCAACACUACUCGCCCCACAGCUUCUGUCAGUAAGGGUGCAAAGAAUUCAGGCAACAGUGUGUCAAAGGCAGAAGUUCUUCAAGCAAGGAAUGCUGUUACUUUAUCAGAGAUUUCUUCCAAACUUGAUAUUGUCAUGAUGAAUCUGGCACGCAUAUCUAGGCAGAUUGCCCCAGGUGACAAGCGAAUGAUGACCAUUCCCAAGAAUAUGCCUAAAAUUCCUCUAGAAACUGUGGAAGAUCUGAAACGCUUUGAAGAUUUCUUGAAACAGAAGGAUUUACACCUAGCAACUGCUGUUGAUUAUAUGGGCAACUGCAUACGGAGCAAUGUUCCUGACCCUGAAAGGAAAAGUGCAGCUGCCGUGUUGACCAAACUCAUGACUAACAGCCUAGCAAGUAAAUUUAACCUGGAUGGGAGAGGCAGAGGCACAUCUAAUAAAAUGUCGUUCAGGAAGUUGCAUCUAUACAAAGUUUUCCAAGGAACUCUGCAGACAGCGUUUCCGGAUAGUGACUUAUCUAUUGCAGAUGACUCACUCCAAAAGUGGUUGAAAGAUGCCAAAUGGCGUAAACCUACUCCUGCUUCAGGAGCUUAG